UUUUUUUUUUUUUUUUUUUUUUCCUUUUUUUUUUAUUUAUAUUUAUUUAUUUAUCUAUUAGUAAAGUAAAUAAAAAGGUGAAUUGUCGUUUACCUUUUCUGUUUUUUUUUUUUACAUCUUUAACAACAACAACAAUUAUCUACAGCGUAUUUUAUCUAUUUUUUCUCCUUUGGAAAAUCUUUAUGGGCUGUCUAAAGUCUUUCUUUAGCUUCCAUAAAGUUUCUGAAAAGGAACAAAAAACGACGGUCAUACUUUUAUGGGACAAUAAAAGGAUACAUGUUAAUUUUAAAGAAUUUCCUGGUGGUUUCAAUGAGGCUACUGUGAAAGACUUGAAAGAAAAAUGUAAAGCAUUGACAGAUGUGCCGAUUGCAUUGAUGAAACUUCAAAUAUCAGGAGCAAAUAUGAAAGAUGAUGCAGCCACAUUAACUAGUUUGGGUGUCCGUACAAAUUCGAUUAUUACCUUAAACGGGGAAAAAGCUGAUGAGGUUGUUGUAAAACAAACUGCAUCUGGUAAUCCAGAAGAAUAUGGAUUAAUGUUACGGAUCGAAAAGAUUGUAGUCGGUUUAUCAGAAGGAAUUAUAGAGCAAAUCACUGAAUUUGAAAAUAUGAUUACAGAUCAUACUUCAAAGAAUAAGAAAUUAGAUGACAUUGAAAAGAAAAAAUUACAAGAUCGAGGAAUCUAUCUAUCUGAAAGGAUUAUGCAAGGAUUGAUUGGUUUAGAUGGAGUAGAAUGUCCAAGUGGUUUUGAGACUGCUAGACAACGUAGAAGAGAAGGUGUUAGAUUAUCACAACAAUUAUUAGACCGUGUCGAUAAAUCAAGAGCUAUUGUAAAAGAGCUAUGUAAAAAAUGAAUAAAUUAGAAAAUUAUUUGUCUU